AUGGAGCACCAACCAACAUAUCAGGGCCCCGAAGGAGGGGCAGAGAUGCCAACUCUUGGAGCUGGAGUACCUUCUCCUAAUCAGCAACUCCCUGCGCAAAUGUUCACGACAGCUGCGCAAUUACUUGACCUGACUGAUAGUAAGAACCCUCACUCUGAAAAGCUAUACAUGACACGUUGGUCUCGAUGUGGCUACUUGCAUAGGGACUCUGCUAGUGGCGGACCUACUUCUCGAGAAUAUGCACAUACGGACCCUUCUACGAUGAGUGCAUAUGCUAAUCAUCAUCCUCACUUUGCAGAAAAACUUAUGAUAUCUCUCCGCGAUGGCAGAAAACUUAUUGGAAUUCUUCGAAGUUGGGAUCAAUUCGCAAAUAUAGUACUUCAAUCUACUGUCGAGCGUAUAUUUGUCGCACCCCCUACACCCUCUUCCCCAGAUGCCACCACACAACCCGGACUUUACGCCGAUAUACCUCGAGGUCUCUUCCUCGUCCGCGGCGAGAACGUAUUACUUCUAGGCGAAAUAGAUCUAGACAAAGACGAUGAUGCACCACCGGGAUACGAAAGAGCAGAUGCGGAGCUGGUGCACAAGUUGGCGAAGGAGAAGAGUGCCCGGGAUUCAAAGAAGGAUACGAAUAGACUCAAGAAGCUAGCAGAGCUGGGUUUUGAGGGCGAAAACUCUGGGGAAGCGAUAUUUGGAUAA